AUGGUUGUGCCUUAUGGAUUUGUUUCAAACACAAACUCUACCGAUAUUGAGAGUCAUCAGAGGAGAAAGUUACGAAAGCUAUAUUUGGAUACAAGAAAGCUUAACAACCGUGUUAAAGAGAAUGUUUUUAAUAACCAAGAGAAUGUCAUUAAAGACAAUCUUCGAUGUAAUUCAAAAUCUUUUACUAAUUCUCCCAAUGAAAGUAUUAGAAGCCCUUUGUCUGACAUUACAACAGGUAUAAAUAAUUGCACAAAUACAACACCAGUUUCAAAUUUUACACCAAUAUCUAUUAAUCCUCCCAUUUUAAACACAAACUCUAGCAAUAUUGAGAGUCAACAUAGGAGAAAGUUACGAAAAUUAUAUUUGGAUACAAGAAAGGCUAAGAAGAAAGAUAAUGUCAUCAAAGAGAAUCGUUUAUGUAAUUCACUCUCUCUUACCAAUUGUACCAAUGGAAAUACUAGAAAGCCUGUCUCUGUCUCUGACAUCACAGCAGAAUACUUAAAUGGUUUAAAUAAUUCCAUGGACAAGUUUAACAGUCAACAAAGGCGAAAUUUAAGAAAGUCUAUUUUGGAUAAAAGACGAUUGAAUGAAAGUGAUACUAAAAAAGACGAAUUUGUUGGCAUCUCAAAAGAUUACGUUGAUCACUUAGAUCAAAAUGUCACUUGCCAAAUAUGUCAAGCAAAAUUAUGGGAUGUUGAAGCUCGUAGAGGGAGUACAAAAAUUCAAUUUAGUUCAAGUUAUUCAAUUUGUUGUGCAUAUGGUAAAGUUCAACUUCCUAAUAUGAAGGAAGCACCACCAAGUUAUCAGUCUCUUUUUAAUGGAUUGGACUCAAAAAGCAAGUCAUUCAUCAAGAACAUCCGUCGAUACAAUUCGAUGUUUUCAUUUACUUCCAUUGGUGGAAAAGUUGAUAAAUCCAUUAACAAAGGCAAUGCUCCUUAUAUAUUCCGAUUGGGUGGUCAGAAUUACCAUAGAAUGGGAAGUCUUCUUCCAGAGGACGGAUCUAAACCGAAAUUCUCCCAGCUUUAUAUAUAUGAUACUGACAAUGAACUUUCAAAUAGACAUUCUGCUUUUGGUGAAUCUAAUAGAGCUUCUUCAACAAAUUCUUUGGAUCUUGAUCUUCAAGUUAUACAACAUAUACAGAAUAUGUUAGACUCUGAGAAUGUUUUGGUGAAAACAUAUCGCAUGGUAAGAGAUUUUUUUAAAGAUAAUUGUAAUGCUGAGCUAAAGUUGCGGCUAAUUGGAAGAAGGCAACAAGAUGGAAGAACAUACAACUUACCAACUGCUUCUGAAGUGGCAGCUUUAAUUGUUGGUGAUAUUGGCGAUUCCUUAGAAAACAGAGAUAUUAUUGUAGAAACGAAAUCUGGUGGUCUACAACGUAUUAGUGAGUUACAUCCAUCUUAUCUUGCUCUCCAGUAUCCACUUUUGUUUCCUUAUGGUGAUGAUUGCUACAGAAUUGAUAUUCCUCAUAGAGGUGUUACUCCUUCUACAUCAACCAAACGAACAUAUGUCACUAUGAGAGAAUUCUUUGCAUACAGGAUACAAGAUAGGCAUGGUGUUUUUUCAUUAAUUCUAAAUUCACGUCGCCUAUUUCAACAAUUCUUAGUUGAUGCGUAUACCAUGAUUGAAACUGAGCGACUAAAUUACAUACGUUUUCAACAGAAGGUUCUAAGAUGUGAUACUUUUGAGAACCUCUCGAAUUUACGUAACCAUGGUAAUAUAAAUGUAUCCAACACUGGAAAGCGUGUCAUAUUGCCUUCGUCAUUCACUGGAGGUGCUCGCUAUAUGAUGCAGAACUAUUUGGAUGCAAUGUCUCUGUGUAAGUGGUAUGGAUAUCCCGAUGUUUUUAUUACCGUGACAUGCAAUCCUAAAUGGCCGGAAAUUAAAAGAUUCCUUAAUAACACCAAUUUAAGUCCUGAAGACAGGCCUGAUAUCCUCUCUAGAUUGUUUAAAAUCAAGCUCAAUGCUUUGAUUAAAGACUUGAAGGAUAACUCAAUAUUUGGCAAAGUUUCAGCAGUUGUUUAUACGGUGGAGUUUCAGAAGCGUGGGUUGCCGCAUGCGCAUAUAUGUUUAUUUAUGCAUCCCGAUCACAAGUUUCCAACUGUUGAACACAUUGAUCCCCUCAUUUCUGCUGAAAUUCCUGACCGAAACGAUGAUCCAGAGUUGUAUACUCUUGUCAGUGAUUUCAUGAUUCAUGGUCCUUGUGGUCCUCACAACGUCAACUGCCCAUGCAUGGUAGAUAAUAAGUGUUCUAAGGGCUUUCCAAAGAGAUUCCGUGAUCAUACGUCUGUCGACAUUGAUGGUUUUCCUCUCUAUAGAAGAAGAGAUUCAGGAAUGUUUGUUGAAAAAUCUGGAGUUAAGCUAGAUAACAGAUUUGUUGUUCCCUACAACAAAACACUGUUGAAGAGAUAUCAGUCCCACAUCAAUGUUGAAUGGUGCAAUCAAGCUGGAUCUAUAAAGUAUUUGUUUAAGUAUAUCAACAAAGGUCCUGAUCGUGUUACUGUUUCUAUUGUUGAAAGUAACACAUCAAACGAACCUGACCCGCCGGUUGAUGAGAUUAAAAAAUACUAUGAUUGUCGUUAUUUGUCUGCAUGUGAGGCAUCAUGGCGUAUAUUCGCAUUUGAUGUUCACUAUAGGUACCCAGCUGUUAUUCGUCUCCCGUUUCAUCUUCCGAACCAACAAAAUGUUGUAUACGGUGAAGACGAUGAUAUUGACGUAGUCCUCAAUCGGCCGUCAAUGAAUUGUUCAAUGUUUUCAGCUUGGAUGGAUUGUAACCAAAGAGAUGAAGUUGCCCGAGCGCUUACUUAUGUUGAAUUCCCUACUAAGUUUGUGUUUAAAAAGGAUGAACGUUGUUGGAAACGUCGGAAACCGGGUGGUUUUGCAAUUGGAAGAAUUCAUGCUGUUUCUCCUACUCUUGGUGAGGCAUAUUUUUUGAGGAUUCUUUUAAACAAAGUUAAAGGUCCUCGAUCCUUUGAUGAUAUCCUCACUGUAAAUGGUCGUAAAUUUAAUACCUUUAGAGAAGCAUGUUAUGCUCACGGUCUACUAGAUGAUGACAUGGAAUAUAUAGAAGCUAUCCAAGAAGCAAGUCAUUCAGGAUCCGGUUAUUAUCUUCGCACACUCUUUGCUACGAUGUUGACGUGCCAGACUCUGUCUUUGCCGGAACGUGUAUGGCAAAAAACAUGGGAAUUAUUAUCAGAUGGCAUCCUCUAUAAACAACGACAGAUUUUAAAGUCUCCAGAUUUAUGCCUCACUGAUGAUGAAGUUAAAAAUCUUACUUUGUACGAGAUUGAGAAGAUUUUAAUUCGUAAUAAUUCCAGCUUACGAAAUUUUAAUACAAUGCCUUAUCCUGAUCAUGAGUUGAUUUCUACUUCAAAUAAUCGUUUGAUUACUGAAGAGUUGGAUUAUGAUAGAAUUGAUCUUCAAGAGCAGUUUGAGAACCUUUUAGUUUCAUUAACCGAUGAACAAAGAUUGAUUUAUGAUGAUAUCAUGAAAGCGGUUGAAGACAAUAAAGGUGGUGUUUUUUUUGUUUAUGGUUAUGGAGGUACCGGUAAAACAUUUCUUUGGAAAACGUUAUCUGCAUCUCUAAGAUCAAAAGGCGAAAUUGUUUUAAAUGUUGCCUCAAGUGGAAUUGCAUCUUUGCUUCUUACAGGAGGUAGGACAGCUCACUCUCGAUUUCUCAUUCCGAUUAAUCUGAACGAAGACUCAAUGUGUACUAUAAUCCCUAAUAGUGAUGUUGCAAAUCUAUUAAAGAAAACAUCAUUGAUUAUAUGGGAUGAAGCGCCCAUGGUACACCGACAUGGUUUUGAAGCUUUGGAUAGAACUCUAAAAGACAUAUUGAAAUGUGAUGGUUCUCAUAAUUCCCAAAGUCCAUUUGGAGGUAAAACAAUUGUAUUUGGUGGAGAUUUCCGACAAACUCUUCCUGUCAUUCAAGGUGGUACUAGACAAGACAUUGUUAAUGCUUCGUUGACUUCUUCGUACAUAUGGGACCACUGCAAAGUACUCACUUUAACUAAGAACAUGAGGUUGACUGCAGGAAGUGGAAUGCAUGAUGUUGAGCAAAUACAAAUGUUUGGUCAGUGGUUGUUGGAUUUGGGUGAAGGGAAACUAGGCGGAUCUAAUGAUGGUGAUGCGAUUAUAGAUAUACCCGAUGAUCUUUUAAUCAUGGAUUCUGUUGAUCCUAUUUCAAGUCUUAUAGAGUUUGUUUAUCCUUCUCUUAUUGAAAAUUACCAAAGUUCUGGCUUUUAUCAAGAAAGAGCGAUUCUUGCACCGACGAAUGAAGUUGUUGAUGAAAUUAAUUCUCAGAUGUUGAUGAUGUUCCCCGGCGAUUCCAAGGAAUACCUAAGUUCCGAUAGUAUUUGUGAGACAGAAAAUCUACAUGAUGGUUUUGAUCAAAGUUUAUAUUCUCCCGACGUACUAAAUGGUCUUAAAAUCUCCGGUGUUCCAAAUCACAAAUUAGUACUAAAGGUUGGUGUUCCCAUCAUGCUCCUCAGAAAUAUUGAUCAAAAAAAUGGUCUGUGCAACGGAACUCGCUUAAAGGUAAUAUCACUUGGAAGUCGCGUUAUUGAAGCAGAAGUGAUAUCUGGAAGCAAUAUUGGUGCUCGCAUUUUUCUUCCUAGAAUUGGUAUAAUACCGUCGGAUAAGAAGGUUCCUUUUAGAUUUCAAAGAAGACAGUUUCCUGUUGCUUUAUGUUUCGCUAUGACAAUUAAUAAAAGUCAAGGCCAGUCAUUAUCCAGAGUUGGUUUGUAUUUGAAAAAUCCAGUAUUUUCUCAUGGUCAACUUUAUGUUGCUUUGUCUAGAGUCAAGAGCAGAGAUGGACUCAAAUUAUCAAUUCUUGAUAAUGAUGGUAACCUUACUAAUAGGACAUCUAAUGUUGUAUACAAAGAAGUUUUUAGUUACUUGUAA